AUGACUAUAGAGCAUCGUCAAGAAAUAGCUCAACUUCAAACCAUCCAAGCUCGUCAAGAAACCAUUCAAGAAACCAUCCAACUUCGACGAGAACUUACUGCAGAGUAUCGUCAAGAAAUAGAUCAAGCUCGUCAAGAGACCAUUCAACUUCGUCAAGAACUCACUACAACUCACACAAAAGUUGCUACACUGGAGGAAAAACUCAUUCAUAAAGUUGCCCACAACGAGGAACUGCAGAAUCAACUACGUGGUUGCAAGGAGGAACUGCAGAAUCAACUACAUGAUUGCAAGGAGGAACUGCAGAAUCAACUAAAUGAACGUAAUGAGAGCCAGUUGCUGCUCCGCGAGGAGAGAUAUGGAUAUCAAGCUCAGGCCUCAGAUAUCGAAAUCCAAAAGCUCAAGAAACAUAUUCAAAGCCUGUAUAUUGUAUUGAAAGGUCUUCUUUUGGUCCUCGGGCUACUAGCAAUUGUUUUGUUAUGGAAAAAUUAA